AUGAGUCCAGCAGAAAUAGAACCUCUAUCCCCUCCUUUGCCCAUUCUCACGAAUGGUAAAUCCGUACGUACACCCAUUUCCAACGGUGGAAUUUCAAAUGGCACAACCACCGAGUUAUCAGACCUACACAUCAAAGACACCCCCGUGGAAAAUUUCCGCAAAAUGCGUGUCGUGAUAAUCGGCGCCGGGUUUUCAGGAAUAUACUGUGGUGUCCGAAUUCCUGAACGAUUACGCAAUGUUGAGCUGGCCAUUUAUGAGAAGAAUGAUGAUGUGGGCGGGACUUGGUAUGAGAAUCGGUAUCCGGGGUGUGCUUGUGAUAUUCCUUCACAUUCGUAUCAAUAUACGUUCGCUCCCAAUCCAGCAUGGAGUAGAGUCUACGCUAGGGGGUCGGAGAUACAUCAGUAUCUCAAAAGUGUGGUGAAGAGGUACUCGGUAGACAGAUUUGUGAAAUUGUCUCACCAGGUUUUGGAUGUUGAGUGGCAUGAGGAUGUGUCGAAGUGGUUCAUUACCGUGCAAAACCGGGUCACUGGCGAGACAUUCGUCGACAAAACAGAUGUCGUUAUCAGUGCUCGUGGGACACUAAAUGAUAUUUCAUGGCCUGGUAUCCCGGGUCUUAAGGACAUGAAGAUACCAGUCAUGCAUUCAGCAGCAUGGGAUGACAAACAAAAAUUCGAAGGCAAACGUAUUGGUAUUAUAGGUAGUGGUAGCAGCGCCAUACAGAUCAUUCCGGCCUUGCAGAAAGUCAAAGAUACCCAACUCACAUGUCUGAUUCGUAGCAAGAUCUGGAUCGCGAAUCCGUUCGGCGCGGAGAUAUUGAAGGAGCUGGGUAUUGAGAAUACAGAAUUCACACCAGAACAACGAGCCCGCUUCGCAAAAGAUCCAGAAUACUACCUGAAAUUCCGCACAACCCUCGAACGAGCCGCAAACCUCGAACAUUCAGUCACCCUGAAAGACUCCCAAAUGCAAAAUCUCGCUCGCGAAGCAUUCACAUCCCUGAUGACCGAACGUCUCUCCAAAAAGCCCGAGAUCCUAAAACAUCUCCUCCCAGAUUUUGGCGUCGGAUGUAGACGUCUCACUCCGGGGCCAGGAUUCCUCGAAGCCCUCGUCGAAGAUAACGUAACCGUUACCAACGCACCCAUCAAAAGAGCAUACGAAAAUGGUCUCGAACUCCAAGACGGUACAAUGCUGGAUCUCGAUGCCCUAGUUUGCGCAACUGGAUUCCGAACCUCCGCACCACCACCCUUUCGUGUCGUAGGGGUAAACGGUCAAUUAAUGUCCAACCGUUUCCACCCCUUUCCAGAAACAUACAUGUCCCUCGCCACAGACGGGUUUCCAAAUUACUUCAUGAUGCUCGGACCCAACGCCGCAAUCGGUACGGGCCCUUUGACAACCAUGAUGGAGAUGACAGGCGACUAUAUCGUGAAAUGUAUCCGAAAAAUGCAAAAGGAGAAUAUCGUUCGGAUGGAAGUUCAGCGUCGUCGAGUUAGGGAUUUCUCGGCUGUGGCGGAGAAUUAUUUCAAGAAGACGGUAUAUCUGGAUAAUUGCUCGAGCUGGUAUAGGAAUGAAGGGGGUAAGGGGCCUAGGAUCUCGGGGCUUUGGCCGGGGAGUGCGUUGCACGCGAUGGAGACGAUAAGGUCACCACGAUGGGAGGAUUAUGAUUAUAAGUAUGAGGGAGAAGAUAACGAAGGAAAGGAGGUGAAUCGAUUAGCGUGGCUUGGGAAUGGCUGGUCCAUUGCGCAGACGGGGAAUGGCGAGGCAGGAGAGUUGGCGCAUUUCUUGCAACCUGCGUUUGUGGAUGUGCCUGCUAAACCGCUGCCAGAGGAGACUUUUGUGUAUAAGCAGAAACCGUUUUCUCAUUAG